AGAUUUGGUUAGUACAAAAACCUGUUAGUUUGGGCUUCCUGUGCUAAAUCUCCCAGGAAGCACUUCGCUCCUUGUAAGUCGCAAAAUGCCUUGCGCGCAUUACAUCGUUCUUCUUUUAUCGUGAACACAACCACCAAUGGCGGACUCAGAACCAGCCGGUGGACGAGGAGACUUCCGUGGAGGAUUUGGCGGUAGAGGCCGUGGUAGGGGACGGGGACGUGGACGCGGUCGCGGAAGAGGCCGUGGAAAGGCCGAGGACAAAGAGUGGGUUCCAGUUACUAAGCUUGGACGUUUGGUCAAGGAUCUGAAGAUCAAGAACUUGGAACAAAUCUACCUUUUCUCUCUCCCAAUCAAGGAAUUCGAGAUCAUUGAUUUCUUUCUUGGUGCUGCCUUAAAAGAUGAGGUCUUAAAGAUCAUGCCUGUGCAGAAACAGACUAGAGCUGGACAGCGAACAAGAUUCAAGGCCUUUGUUGCCAUUGGAGAUAGCAAUGGACACGUUGGUCUUGGUGUCAAGUGCUCCAAGGAAGUGGCAACGGCCAUCCGUGGAGCCAUCAUCCUGGCUAAGUUGUCUGUUAUUCCAGUUAGGCGUGGCUAUUGGGGUAACAAGCUAGGUCAACCCCAUACUGUACCUUGCAAGGUGACAGGAAAAUGUGGCUCAACCCGUGUGCGUCUCAUCCCGGCACCCAGAGGUACAGGCCUUGUUUGUGCUCCAGUGCCCAAGAAGUUGUUGCAGAUGGCAGGUAUUGAGGAUUGUUACACAUCUACCAGAGGACAAACAGCUACUCUUGGAAACUUUGCCAAAGCAACAUUCGAAGCCAUUUCCAAGACCUACUCCUAUCUGACACCAGACAUGUGGAAGGAAACGGAGUUUGCCAAGACUCCCUACCAAGAGUUCACAGAUUACUUGGCUAAGAACCAUGUAUCAGGACAGAAGUCUGCACCAGCUGAUGCAGCUCCUAAAUUUUAAACUGUCCAGUUGGAAAUAAAAACUGUUAAUAAAUUA